UGAUUGUAGAGAAUUUGUUGAAAUCUCCAUAGAAACAUCUACAAGCCAAACAAACAAACAAACAAGAAGAACGGGAAGAAGCAAAGACAACACCAACCAACACCUCCCCCCUCCCCCUCUGCUCCCCAAUCUCUCCCGCCCUCCGAAUCUCCCUGGUCACUGUCGCACAUACACAAGCAGACACACGGGCACGCCUUCUGCAAGCGACACAGGCUCACGCCAAGAUGAGCAGGCGGUUGCUUGAGGAUGUUGAGCGCAUCGAAUGCAUUGGCAAAGGCAACUUUGCCCUGGUGUAUCGAUGCCGCCACCGGUACGAGAAGCACACGCCUCACUUUGCAGUCAAGGUCUUGGAUCUGGACACACCCGUCGCCAUCGAGGACAUUGCGAGGGAGGUGCUGGUGAUGCGCAUGAGCAAACACGAGAAUCUAGUGCGAUUGCAUUCGGCCACUUUGAGAGGAAAGCGGCUGUGGAUGGCCAUGGAGCUGGCCUCUGCUGGCUCCGUUGCCGAUAUUGUCAAAGCCCAAGGACCCCUCUCAGAAGCAGUCGCAGCCAUCAUUCUACGCGGCAUGCUCCAGGGCCUGGCAUACAUGCAUGCCUUUGGGUGGAUUCACUCCGACAUCAAGUCCAACAACCUCCUCUUGACACACGACGGCGUUGUGAAGCUGUGUGACUUUGGCGUGGCAAUAGUGGGCCAAGUGGGCGCCGCCUCCACGCCCGAGACCGACGCGCCCGCCCAAACACAGUCCAGCGCUCCAACAACGUCGGCGCCGUCAUGCUACGAGGACUGGCUGCCCCCCGCUGCUCGGCCUCGGCCGGCGGACGGCAACAAUCAUGCAAAGCAGUUUGCAGGCACGCCGCUGUACAUGGCACCAGAGAUUAUCCGCCGGAAGGGCGUGAGCUCCGCCAGUGAUAUCUGGUCUGCGGGCAUUGUUGCUAUCGAACUGGUGUCUGGAUCGCCGCCGUAUUCGGACCAGCACCCAUUGAAGGCGAUGCAGCUGCUUGCUGCCAACGAUCCCCCCACGCUGCAAGUCAAGCACACACGCCCCUACGCCGACUGCUGCUGCAAGAUGCUCACAAAGGACCCGCAGCAGCGGGCGACUGCCGAGCACAUGCUCAAGGUGAAGCCAAUCAAAGGCGCAAAGAACACCAAGAAGCUGUGCCAGUUGCUGAAGACGUACACCUUUGACAGCAAACACGCAGAUGAAGGCGACAGCUCUGACGAUGAUGACGAUGACGCCGAGCACAGGCGGCAAUUUUAUGAUGACCCGCUCGCAUGGGAGUUUUAGGACCACCAUUGAUGCCUGCUGCAGCUCUGUGUGUGUCUGUGUCUGUGUCUGUGUCUGUGUCUGUGUCUGUGUGUGUCUGUGUGUGUAUCCUUUAUCACCACAGUUUUGUUUCGCCUGUGUGGGCUGACCAGUUUUUGUGCUGUGAUGGCAGCACGCUUCGCGUAACGCAUAAGCUUAUGCCCGAAUACAACCACCCAGCCCACCG